ACGUCAAAGUUCAUGUGACGCUACUGCACGAACGUCUGCCGUCUCGUUCGUCGGUCGGCUUCUCGUUGACAUCACGCAGUGAUAAUGACUUUCUGGGUCGUGCACCUGCGCCUGCCGCUGCUGCUGCUGCUGCUGGCUCGAAGCAUGCCGUUUUUAAUUCAUUGACAGUCCGCACUCUCUGCCGCUUGUUUUUCGUGCUCUCCAAUUCACCCUCUUCACACGCCCACAACCCCUUCCUUCGUUCACAGUAGAGGACUUCACUCAGAGUCCGACGGUCCGUAGUGGUCCCCGGCUUGCCUCGCAUUUCUGCUCCCAUCCUCUUAUCAUACACACCGUAGAGGUGCCCGCCAUAGCGGGCACACAAAAGUCCAUGGCAGCGGAGCCCAAGCCCACGCUCGUCACGGCCGAGGGCGGAACCGGCGACUUGUCGUCUGAUAGUGUCGACGACGACCCCAUACCUCGCCUCCACGCAAAGACCUUUCUGGCCGUCUUUUCCGUCUGCCUAAUCUACAUGUCCCAGCUGGUCUGUCUUGUCGGCGCCGGUGCUCAAGGGCAAGUCAUCGCAGGACACUUCGGCGGGACGGCGCAGACAGUGUGGUUCUCGGCGCCCAUCACCAUCAUGACGGUUGUCCUCGGGCCGAUCGUGGCGCAGGCGGCCGACUACUGGGGGCGGAAGUGGUUUCUGGUGUCGCUGACGCUGGUCGGCGCCGUGGGGACGGUCGUGGUGGCGCGCGCCAGCUCCAUGAACAUGGCCAUUGGCGGGUUCUGCGUCAUCGGCCUGGCGUUUGGCGCGCAGCCGCUGCUGCACGUCGUCACGUCCGAGGUCCUCCCGCGGCGGUGGCGGGCCUGGGGCCAAGCGGCCGACAUGAUAUCGAAUGCCGUCGGCAGCAGCUUGGGCCUGUAUGUCGGCGGCGCGCUGAACCGCACCAGCGACCCGGCGUCGGACGGCUUCCGGUACUAUUUCUACAUGGCCAUGGCGUGCUUCGUGUCGGCGGCCGCCAUGUGCGCGCUCGUCUACAGCCCGCCGCCGCUGCCGACGCAGACGCAGUUCACCAACGCCGAGAAGCUCGCCAAGCUGGACUGGGUGGGGUACUUCUUCCUGGCCACGGGCCUGGUGCUCUUCUCGGUCGGGCUGUCGUACUCCAAGAACCCGUACGAGUGGACCGAUCCGGCGGUCUCGGCGACGUUUGCCCUCGGCCUGGCGUUCGUCGCCGGGCUCGUCGUGUAUGCCACGCGGUUCAAGACGGACGGCAUGUUCCACCACGGGCUGUUCACGGGGAACCGCAACUUCUCCAUCGCGGCCUUCUGCGUCUUCGCCGAGGGCGUGGCCUUCUUCGCCGCCAACACGUACUUCGCCUUCCAGGUCAGCGUGCUAUACGAGCACGACGCGCUGCUCGUCGGCGUGCGCUACAGCACCAUGACGAUCACGUCGGCCAUCGCGGCGUGCCUGACGGCGUGGUACUGCGCCCGGGCGCGGCGCGUGCGCUGGGUGACCGUGCUGGCCUUUUCCAUCUUCGUGGCGUGCUUCGCGGCGCUCGCCAACACCAGCCGCGACUCGGACCGGCCCAUGUGGGGGUAUCCGGUGCUGCUGGGCACGGCGCUCGGCAUGACGCUGACGACGCUGGUGACGGCCGCGCAGCUGUCGACGCCGCCCGAGCUCAUCAGCAUCGCCAGCGGCAUCCUGAUCAGCGUGCGCUCGCUCGGCGGCACCGUGGGGCUGGCCAUCUACAACGCCCUGUUCAACGAGGCCAUGGGCCACCUGGGCAGCAACGUCGCGGAUGCGGUUCUGGCGGACGGCCUGGCCCCCGAGAACGUCGGCCCGUUCCUCGACGCCCUCGGCUCGCAGAACGCCACGGCGCUGUCGGCCAUCCCGGGGGUCACGCCCGAGACGGUUGAGCGCGGGGCCGCAGCGCUGCAGGACACGUACGUCACGGCGUUCAGACACGUCUGGAUUGCCGGGGGCUGCUUCGUAGCCCUGGCGGCAGUCGUCGCCGGUUUCCUGUUCGACCCCAGAAAGGAGUUCAACAUGCACAUCGACGCGCCGGUCGAGAAGGACGAGGACAUGUACUCCGUGUAGGAGGCAGUCAUGUGAGAAGCACCCGUGCUAUCAAUUGCUGAGAAGAGAUUUUUUACAUUAGUGAAUCGUAUUUCCGGCUCACCUUGGCCGCUCUUGGCCGAAGUUGGGGCAGUAGAUAUAGAGGGACCUAAUGUCGAUAAAGAUGUCGACUGUCUCGAGCCGAGCAGUGACUCCAUUGGGGUGAGACGGUGAAGUUGAUAGAAGUAGAGAAGAAAUUGUUGCAGGGAAAUAACCAAGUUUGGGCGCAGUAAUUAUUCCACUAAGUACGAUUACUGUGGUCGCGUGCAAAAAUAAAACCCCCUUGUCAGGUACCUGUGGGGCAAACCCU